AUGACUGUCAAGCGCAGAAAUCACGGACGAAGCAAGAAGAACCGUGGACAUGUCGGUUUCAUCCGCUGCACCAACUGCGGCCGUUGCUGCCCUAAGGACAAGGCCAUCAAGAAGUUCGUCGUGAGAAACAUCGUUGAGGCUGCCGCUGUCCGUGAUAUUGGAGAUGCUUCUGCUUACCAGCGUAAGUUUUUACUACUACUUCGUUUCUUUAAUUUUUAUUUGUUUCUCUUUUCUGUUCAAAUAAUCAGAUGAUUUGCGACAUUCCUAUAGUCAAUGUUUCCCGACUUGAAAGGCGAGAAAGGCGGGGCAAGGGGCGGGACGCGUAGCGUGUGCGUUUGCGGUCCUUGGCACGUGUUCAAUUCAACCGCCAUAUACUCUUUGAAAAGCCCGUUUUUUUCGCUUUUUUUCAUUCUUUUUUUCAAUUAUUUAUUGAUUAUAUUCAUGUGGGCAUCAAGAAAUAGUAGAAAAACAUUGAAAAAAGAGCGGUUGCCGAGCUUUUUUUAAAUAGUCGGCGACAAUUGAAUUGAACUCCUGCCAAGAACCGCGAACGCACACGCUACGCGUCCCGCCCCUUGCCCCGCCUCCUUCGCCUUUCAAGUCGGGAAACAUUGACUAUAAUUUAGUGAUAUGUUUGAGAAGCUAUCAGAAAGUGGGAAAACCUAAUAGUUUUCCUAUUCAGUCAAGUUGAAAUUCUUUUUUUUUGAUUGGUUGAGAAAGUUUUUUUUUUGAACAAUUUUUGAGGGUUUCAGCUUCACUGUGAGAUUCUUAGCUUUCCUUCUUUCUGAAGGUCUCAUUAACACCACAUAAUAUAUUGGUUGUUUUUUUCUAAAAAUCAAUUUUUUUCUUUCUCAGACAUUUGUUUGGAACAGCUUCAAAAAUCAAUUUUAAUGAAGUAAUUCCCAGAAAGAUUUUUUUAAAGUAUACUCUCGAGUAUUUCUUCAAAAAUUUGUGCCGUGUCCAUAGUGAUAACUCAAACUUAAAAUAGCUGUAAGAGAGCGCAAAAAGAUAUCCACAUUUUAGAGAGUCAGAUAUAAUUGCAUUUCACGCAAAUCACUAAACACGGCAUCACUAUCUUUGAACUCUCUGGUUUUAAAAGUUCUCCAGCCAAAAAUUACAGAAAUGGAACAAAAUAUACUUAACAUUCAAGCGUUUAAAAAAAUUUUUAUUCGUUAAAAAGUUGAAAAAAAUUAUUUAUUCGUCUAACUUUUUUUAUUCCUUACCAAAAAAAGAGUCCACUAAAAUUUUCGUCCAGAAAUGAAAAGCGCUUGUUUUUCUUUUAUUUUAUUUUUUUUGCAUAUAAAAGUUUGUUCAAGAGUUUUAUUUCCGCAUAUUCAUAUGAAAUUACGUAUAUUAUUGGGUUGAAAAAAUGUCACAAAGCCGGCCUAAAAACCUUCUGAAGGUGAAAAAUAACUUGUUGAACGCUUUUUUUGAUUUCAAGAAAUGAUUUUUUUCCAUUGAACGCUUCAUCAUAUAAUUAAACUAAAAAAAGUUGAAAAAAAUAUAAAAAUAUUGACUAUAAAUCACUUUUUAAAAAAACUUUUUUUUACCUUUUAUAACUGUUUGACACUUUUUUUGUCUUCGCUAUUUCGUGAGAAAAAAAAAGUUAAAAAUUGUUUUUGUAUAUAGUUCGACAAAAUGUAUGAUUGAAGAGUUGAUUUGGAGUGAAGAACUGUAUAGGAAUAUUUUGCCAACUUUCAUAUCAUUUUCUCCGUAACUCUGGGAAAUUUUUCAUUCAACGAUGUGAUUUCUCCAGAUCUCAAGUUUAAUUUUGAAAGCUUCGAAAAUUUCAGAUUUUAGCGAAUUGUUGAAUGUUUCUUUUCCCGAUAGCUGAAAAGGUGAAACUUUCACAGUAGGGAAGCAUCAAUUGUGUAUAAAAUGCGUGGUGUGAAGAAAUCAGUAAAAUCAGGUUUUUCCUUCAAGCUAUAAGCUGUAUUUCGUGAAUAAAUAAAAAUUAAGUCUGGACACUUCCAUUCCCCAUAGCUUUAUUGAAAGAAUAAUUUUUUUUUCAGAAUACGUUCUGCCGAAGCUCUACCAUAAGCUGCACUACUGCGUUGCCUGCGCCAUCCACAGCAAGGUCGUGAGAAACAGAUCUCGUGAUGCCCGUAAGGACCGCAACCCACCUCCACGUUUCGGACAAAGAACCGCUCAAGCACGCCCCGGAGCUCCUGGCCCUCGCCCAUAA